AUGUACCAGUCCCUGACUCUCCAGAUACUUUUGUCGUUCGUUGUGACAAGAUCUCUAGCAUCGAUUAUCCCAAACAUCCCAAACAGAUCCCUAUCGACUCGAGAAUGCCGAAAUAUCUCACCAACUUGGAUCUCUCAAAUAUCAAGCGUCGCUCCUAAUGCAAGCUACUCAAAUGCUAUAAGUAGCAAUGGUGCUGGUUCAUUCUUCGUAUACCAGAAUUCCAGUAAAUCUCCUUAUGUUUCUAUUCCCACUCUCACAUUUACCAACCCCUCUACCACAAACCAGACUUGCACCCUUGCUGCUACCUUCCCAUUUUUCGAGUCGCAAUAUCUAGGCUGGUCACUUUCCUCGCCAAAUCCACCCACACUCGAUAUCUCUGUCAUCUCCCCGCCCUCCAAUGCUCCAUUCGAUAUCCCACCAACCUGGACUUCAACCUUCUUUCCCGAAAAUUCUGACCCCCUCAGCACUUUGGAGUACUUACGCCAGUAG